CAAACUCUUCGCUGCUUAUGGGCUGCCGGACCCCCGAAAGCGGCAAAGAGAAGGCGUUGAUGAGGCGCUUCAAGGCUCCAACUCGCGUCCUCGCUAUCGUUGGGGGUCCUGCUGCUGCUGCUGCUGCUGCGCCGAUGUCAGCGCAGCAGCAGCAGCAGCAGGCAGCAGCCAGCCGCAGGCAGAAAGCUGCAGCAAGAAAGAGGGAAGACGCGAAACCCGACCACCACCAUCCCCAGCAGCAGCAGCAGCAGCAGCAGCAGCACAUGCAGGGACUUGGCAUUCACGGCGGAGGCGAGGCGCCUCCUCCGCACUUAGGGAAUAAAGCGGCCCCUCACUUGAGCCUUUAA